UACGCAGAAUAGUUCAUACUACUAAACAAUAUUAUAGGCGCAUGACUGUAAAUUAUAAACGCGGUUUCUGAUUGUUUGAUUUAGUUUAUAUUAAAAUAUGUUAAGGAGAAAAUAAUAUAUUAUAAUAUUAUGUGACGUGGAUGACGUGUUGGUUGUUGAUAUAAUAACAUGAAUUUUAAGUUUUUUACGAUAAAUAUUUAAAAACGAUAUUAUUUGUGCAGUUUGUGUUUGGUUUGUACUUUAAUAAUAAUUAAAACGUAUUUGGGAUUUUUUUUUUUUAAUACUUACCUAUCCACGUAUUAUACGAGAUGAUGAUCAAUUUCCGUAAUCCCACAGCUGACCGGCCGAGAUGUGACAGACGCCUGACCGGUAUGAACGCGGCGGCCGACGGUUACGGUUCGUCGUGCAUCAUGUCCAUGAGCUUGGACGGCUGUGGCAAGGAGCAGCUCAAGACGCAGUUCGUCACCAGGGAGGGCGUUUACAAGCUGCUCACGUUGGCCACGUACUCCCGGCCGAACCGCAUCGGUUACAACGUGCAGACCAACACGUCCGUGCGCGUGUCGUUUGUCGGCUACUCGUCGUCGGAUACCAACGGCAACAACGACCGCAUGUGCUUCAACAUCGGACGGGAGCUGUACGUUUUCUACUACAAAGGAACGAAAAAGGGAGCAGAUUUAACUAAACCCAUAGAUAAAAAAUUAUAUAAAGGAAUAAGUCCUACAUGUCAUGACUUUAAUUCAACUGCAAUAACUGAAGACUCACUACCAUUAAUCGUUGGAUUUUCAACAGGAUUGUUACAGCUAAUUGAUCCUGUUAGAAAAGAUGUUAGCGUAUUAUUUAAUGAAGAGAAAAUCAUUGAUAAAACGAAAGUCACGUGUGUUAAAUGGGUACCAAAUUCAAAACAUUUAUUCCUUGCAUCACAUGCUAGUGGUCAGUUAUACUUGUAUAAUGAAACAUUUACUUGUGGUACAACAACACCAAGUUACCAACAAGUGAAAUCUGGUGAAGGUUAUACAGUACAUACAUGUAAAACAAAAAGUACUCGAAAUCCAAUGUAUCGAUGGUUAAUUGGCGGCGACUACAACAGCAUCAACGAGUUUGCAUUUUCUCCGUGUAGUCUUUACUUGGCAGUUGUUUCCCAGGAUGGAUUUCUCAGAGUAUUCCAUUAUGAUAAAAUGGAAUUGAUUGGGAUGGCUAGAAGCUAUUUUGGUGGAUUUCUUUGUGUUUGUUGGUCACCUGAUAGUCGAUAUAUAGUGGUUGGAGGAGAAGAUGAUUUGGUUACAGUCUAUAGUAUUUCUGAGAAUAGAGUCAUAGCCCGUGGUCAAGGACACCAUAGCUGGGUUAGUGUGGUGGCAUUUGAUCCGUAUACAAGUACACCACCAUCUAUGGAACCAUGUUUACCUGGAUACUAUAGACUAGGUUCAGUAGGGCAUGACACUCAAAUGUGUUUAUGGGAUAUAACUGACGACAUAUUACAUCAUGUUACAUUAGUGUCACCACUUCCUGUGACAUCUAAACAAAACGGUGUUGUAAAUAAUGUGAAACAUAAUGCUAAUGCUAAUAAUGUGCAAAAACAAACUCAAGACCCUAUGCGAUUAAUUGGUACUACUGCUUGUCCACGUUUUGAUCAGUGUCCGCGACUUGAACCAUUAAUAUGUAAGAAAAUUGCUCAUGAUCGAUUGACAGCUUUAAUUUUUCGCGAAGAUUGCUUUGUAGCUGCUUGUCAAAAUGGAUAUGUAUACACUUGGGCUCGUCCUGGAACAAUUACAAGUCUCAAUGCACAUUUGGUCUCAGAUCCAAACUCUAUUAUGUCAUCAUUAGAUCUACCUUCUUUGAAUCCUACAUCUGCAGUGUAACGAAUAAUGUAUUGCAAGUAAUACAAUACUCGUUUUUUGAAAUGAUGAUAAUUUUAUAUUCUAUGUUAAUUAACCAUAAAAAGUGAAAAAUUGACAAGCAAAAGGUGAUAAUUUAAAAAAAAAAUAACAAUUAUAGUUCAAAUGAAUAACUAAUUAUUAUCGUAUUUUAGAAUAGUAAUUACAUUUUAAAAUAACAAAUUGAAUUAAAACAAAAACAAAUAGGCUGUGAUCCAUUUAUUAAUAUUGUCAGCUAAUCUAAUAAAAAAAUCUUAUUAUAUCUUAAAUGGAAAUUGUAAAAUACAAAGAAAUAUUUUAUAAAGACCGUAGGUAUAUUUUAUUUUGUAUGUUUUUCUUUGAUCAGAUCUGUUUAAUACUUAUAAUCAAGACUAUUGUUGUCUUGUGUUCAGAUAUAUUGUGUUCAGUCUUAUUUUCUCCCUUCAAAUGAUUUUUGUGUAAUAUUUUGCAUUGAUAAAAUAAACAUUAUAAUUAUUUUGCUAACUUGCGCACUUAAUGAGUUGUUAAAUGGUGAUAAGUAAAAAAACAAUAAUAGCUUAACUUGCAAACAAACUUAACACCAUUUUACAUAUUUUUACUAUUUACAAACACAAUUACAUUAAAUAAGUAAAAUACAAAUAGAACAGAAAUGGAUAUAAUUUCAUUUAAUUAAAAUAAAUUUAUCAUUACCAUUGUACAUAAAUAUUACUUGUACUAGAUAAUUUAGACUGAUCCCAAAUAAAACAUGCUAAAAUGUAUAUAUAUAAUAUAGUAUCUUUAUUAGUUUUAUAGUAUAAGAUCAUUUUGAUUGACUGGUAGGUUUAUUAUACGUAAAUGUAUCUGUACAAAAUAUUUUAUAAAACAAGUUUUCAUUUUGUAAUAGUUAAUUAUACCAUUUUUAAAUUCAAUUUGAACUUAUUUUCAUACCAUCUUAUCGACUGAGUUAUAUUUAUUUUUUUUUCAUAUUAUAUUUCUUUACUGUUACUUUUAAUAAGACAUCAAUGUUUGUAUUGUAAGAACAGAGAUAAAUUAAAAUACAAUUGUAACAAAAUAAUGGUAAAUAUGUAAAAACGGCGGGUUAGACAACUUAAAUCUUGUAAUCUCUAAAACUACUAUUUAUUACUGGGUUUUUAUGUUAGAAAUUGUUUAAAUUAUAUUUUAUCUCUUACCGUACUUAGACAGAAAAUGUUGUCACAUUCCACAAUCUGUUAAAUUUUUAAAAAAUAAUUUCUAUGUGUGCUUAGCUAGUCAAAAUUCCACUACAAACGGUUGUACCUUCUCUUUUUUUUUUUUUGUUGAUUUACUAUUGCAAGGGUAAUUUUUGUCUUGAUUGAAUAUAUUAAUUGAUUAGUAUUAUCUUAUAAUUUUUUUUUGUUUUUUUUUUUUUUAACAUAAUAUACUAAUCAUUUUUGUAUACUUUUAAUUUAAUUUUAGUUCAAUCAUUAUUUUAAAAUUAUGUAAUUGUUCUUAUUUGUUGGAUAAUUUUAUGGCCAAUAUAUAUUUUAUAUUAUAUUAUUAAA